AUGGAUUCUGAUACAAGAUCGGUAGUUGAGAAAAUUCCUUUAUUAAAAAUUAACACAGGCCCAAGAAAUCCGAAUUGGAUUGACAGAUUAAAAGAAGAAUAUAUAGCCUUAAUAAAAUAUAUAGAAAUUAAUAAAUCUUAAGAUAAUGAUUGGUUUAAAGUUGAAUCAGAUAAAGAAGGAAAAAAAUGGAAAGGCAGAUGUUGGUAUAUUCAUAAUUUAGUUAGAUAUGAAUUUGACUUAUAAUUUGAAAUACCAGCAACUUAUCCUUCUUCUCCUAUUGAAUUAGAAUUACCUGAACUUGAUGGAAAAACACAUAAAAUGUAUAGAGGAGGAAAAAUAUGUUUAGAUAUACAUUUCUCACCUUUAUGGUCUAAAAACUGUCCCAAAUUCGGAAUAGCUCAUGCCUUAGCAUUAGGACUUGGACCAUGGUUAGCAGCUGAAAUACCAAUUUUAAUUGAAUAAGGAGUUAUUUAAAAAAAUUGA